AUGCCGAAGUUGAGUAAAAACAAGGAAGCAAAGGUGGAGGCUUUCUUGAACACAACCGGAGCGUCGAAAAAAAUUGCUAUCUCGCUUUUGGAGAAGUGGGAUUGGAAUGUCGAGAUAGCGCGUAAGAAAUAUCACACCCUGUAUCCAAACUCUACAAACUUGCAAUACCAACCUAAACCUAUCCAGCCAUCUAUGGAGGAGCUUUACCGAAGAUAUAAGGCUCCACAUGAAGAUAUGAUCAUGGCUGAGGGUAUCGAGCGCCUCUGCAUUGAUCUGGAGGUUGAUCCCCAAGACAUAGUCAUGUUGGUUAUGUCAUGGCACAUGAAGGCAGCCACCAUGGGAGAGUUUUCGAAGCAAGAGUUCUUCAAUGGACUAAAAAAACUAAAGGUUGAUACCCUUGAGAAGUUACGAAGCGAGCUACCGGCUAUGAGAGCUGAGCUGAAGGACAAGGACAAGUUUGAGGAGGUGUAUGAUUUUACUUGUGGCUGGGCAAAAGAAAAGGGUCAGAAGUCUUUGCAGCAGGACACUGCAAUUGGAAUGUGGCAAUUGCUGUUUGCCGAGAUGACGCCAAAGUGGCCUUGGGUUGAUCAAUGGUGUGAAUUCUUGGAGGAGAAGCACAAUAAGGCAAUUUCUAAGGACACAUGGACUCAACUGUUGGAUUUUGUAAGGAAGGUGGAUCCAUCGAUGUCGAAUCUUGAUAAAGAAACAUGCUGGCCCUAUCUUGUUGACGAAUUUGUGGAGUACUUGGAGGAGAAGGGUCUGGUGCAAACUAGUUAG